CAGAGUAAAGUGAGACUAAAGUAACGCAGGGUGGUGGUGAAGAAGGGGGUUCAGUCCCGAGAAGCGAAGAAGAAGAGAUGAGCGUGGAAGAUCUUCCGCAGAAAGAGGUUAACGUGCUGAAAGGUCACGAGGGUGCCGUGUUGGCCGCGAGGUUCAACGGUGACGGCAAUUAUUGUCUGAGUUGCGGAAAAGACCGUACCAUACGCCUCUGGAAUCCUCACCGUGGAAUCCAUAUCAAGACCUAUAAAUCCCACGGCCGUGAAGUUCGCGAUGUCCACGUCACACCGGACAAUUCCAAGUUAUGUUCCUGUGGUGGUGAUCGACAAAUAUUUUAUUGGGAUGUUGCAACUGGACGUGUAAUUAGGAAAUUUCGUGGUCAUGAUGGUGAGGUAAAUGGCGUCAAAUUCAAUGAGUAUUCAUCUGUUGUAGUCUCAGCAGGCUAUGAUCAAUCGUUGCGUGCUUGGGACUGCAGAUCCCACAGCACCGAGCCGAUUCAGAUUAUUGACACAUUUGCAGAUAGUGUUAUGUCUAUUUGUUUAACGAAAACUGAAAUUAUUGGAGGAAGUGUUGAUGGAACUGUUCGGACAUUUGACAUUCGAAUUGGCAGAGAAAUUUCCGAUAACUUGGGGCAACCCGUCAACUGUGUAUCAAUGUCAAAUGAUGGUAACUGCAUUCUAGCAGGUAGUUUAGACUCUACUUUGCGUCUUUUGGACAGGUCCACUGGUGAAUUGUUACAAGAAUAUAAAGGACACACUAAUAAGUCGUACAAAUUGGAUUGCUGCCUUACCAAUACCGAUGCUCAUAUAACUGGUGGGUCUGAGGAUGGCUUCAUUUAUUUCUGGGAUCUCGUAGAGGCAUCUGUUGUUUCAAGAUUCAGGGCCCAUACCUCAGUGGUAACCAGUGUUAGUUAUCACCCAAAGGAAAACUGCAUGGUAACUUCUUCAGUGGAUGGCACCAUUCGAGUAUGGAAAACAUAAUAACUAAACGCAAUCACGAAGCUUACCUCGUGAUUAGCAUAAUGAAGACUGAAGACUGCAUGUACAAUUACAAUUGAAGCCCAACAGAGACAACGUUUCAAUUUAUAUAUAUUUCAGCAGAUGUGUCUUACAUGUGCUUUUGAUGUUGAAGAUGGUAAAAGCAAGGUGAGCUGUUGAAUGCAGCUUCUCUGAUACAUGGUCAUAUCGCACAAAGUUUUUGACUUUUUUGUCUUGAAAGGGGACAGGGUAUCGUAUAAUUCACUUGUGUCCAUAAAAGUAAAACAAUUUGUAUUAUAUCCGUUACGUUGUGAAAAUGAGUUUGUAUUCUAUCCGUUAUGUCUUGGGAUUUUAGUGGUAUAGUCGGUGAACAAAAGAGGCUGCGAUGCUGUUACGUGGCAACAAAUCUAUGUUUUGAAUCAAGCCAGUCGGUGGCUUCUAUUUUUCCAGUGAUCUUACAAAGCUUAUAAGGUGAAAGCGGAUAGAUGAGACUUGCACACAGUUAUUCUUAUUUGUGGGCUUUUCGUUUGAACUAGGGAAAAAGACACUCGCUCAAGUUAUUGAUGUAGACGUUUUGGACUGUUUAUUUCAUUUACAAUCAUUUAACAUUUUUCAUAUUUGUUAAUUAUAAUUAUAAAGGCUCUGUUAGUUAAACUCAAUGAUAAACCUUAGCUGUC